AUGAGCUACUGCGGCGGCUACUACGGAGGCCUGGGCUAUGGCUAUGGCUAUGGCCUCGGUGGCCUGGGAUAUGGCUGUGGCUAUGGCGGUGGCUAUGGCGGCUACGGAUAUGGACCUUUCUAUGGAGGCUACGGAUAUGGCUGCUAUCUUUUGAUUACUGUGACUUGCCCUCAUUUUUGGACAUUUUAUUCCAUGCUUGUCAAUGUCCGCAGACCUCUACAGCACAAGGAGCGGCACUGGGAGAUCCCACAGCGCAUUGGAACCAUUUCAUACAUCAACAUGGGACCUUGCCUUGAACAGCAAACCAAACUCAACACCCCUGACACCAUGAGCUACUGCGGCGGCUACUACGGAGGCCUGGGCUACGGCUAUGGCUAUGGCCUCGGUGGCCUGGGAUAUGGCUGUGGCUAUGGCGGUGGCUAUGGCGGCUACGGAUAUGGACCUUUCUAUGGAGGCUACGGAUAUGGCUGCUAUCGUCCAUGGAACUAUGGAAGAUACUGGUCUGGAUGCUGCUGA